GCCGCCCGCUUGCACAGUCGGUCGACCGACAGUCGAGAUGAAGAUGGCUGCUGAGGUGAGGUGGCUUCUAGUUUUUCUUAUAUGCUGCGCCGUCUCGCCGGGCCGCGGCGAGACGCCGCAUCGAAAAUUCGAGUACAAGUAUUCGUUCAAGCCGCCGUACCUCGCGCAGAAGGAUGGCAGCAUACCGUUCUGGGAAUACGGCGGAAAUGCCAUUGCUAGCUCGGAAAAUGUUCGAGUUGCACCAUCGCUCAGAAGUCAAAAAGGUGCGAUAUGGGCGAAGCAACCGAUAAAUUUUGACUGGUGGGAGGUGGAUAUAGUAUUCCGCAUAACUGGUCGAGGGAGAAUAGGAGCGGACGGUUUGGCGGUUUGGUACACAACUGCGAAGGGCGCCUACAAUGGCACUGUAUUCGGCAGUUCGGACAUGUGGACGGGACUGGGAAUUUUCUUCGAUUCUUUCGACAAUGACAAUAAACACAACAAUCCGUAUAUUAUGGCAGUUGUUAACGAUGGAACGAAGGUCUUCGAUCAUACAAGCGAUGGCUCUUCGCAGCAGUUGGCAGGCUGUUUACGAGAUUUCCGUAAUAAACCUUUCGCCACGCGAGCACGGAUAGAAUAUUAUAAGAAUACGUUAACCCUAAUGUUCCACAACGGUAUGACGAAGAACGAGCAAGAUUACGACAUCUGCUUCCGAGUAGAUAAUGUUGUACUGCCGAAGAAUGGUUACUUUGGGAUUUCCGCUGCCACUGGUGGUCUAGCCGAUGAUCACGAUGUCUUGCACUUCCUAACUACCUCCCUGUACCCACCCGGACAGUUGCCAGUGGAUGGGCACAAGGUAUCGGUAGAAGAACAGGCCAAACUCAAUAAGGAAUAUUUAGAUUACCAGAAGAAGCUGGAGGAGCAGAAGAAUGAGUACCGCAAGGAACAUCCGGAUCGGCCUCUUAAGAGCGAGUUCGAGGAUUAUUUCGAGACGCAGAACCAGAGGGAAUUGCGGCAGGUAUUCGAUGCCCAAGGUCAGAUGUUCGAAAUGUUACGCGAGCUCCACAAUAAAUUAGACGAGGUUGUGGGCAGGCAAGAGAUAACGUUGAGCCUGAUGACUCAACAAGCGGGUGGUGCAAAAGUCUCAGGUAGCCAGGCGGGUCAGCCUGCGCUGCUCGACACCAUACGUCGGCAGGAAGUUGACGCCGUGCUGAACAAUCAGAAUAUCAUAUUGAGCACGGCUAGGGAGAUCAAGUCGUUCGUGAAUGAGGUUCACUCGAAGGCCGAGUCGAUUCUCAACAAUCAAGCGCGCGCUCCGACGGCACAGGUGCAGCCGAUGGGAUACGACUAUCAGUCGCUCAUAUCUGAGAUGCGGGACGGGCUAAACACGCUGAAAAGGGAUAUUCGACAGACCAACACAGGCAACGAUUGUCCUACCACCAAUUGUCUAACGACAACCAUGUUUUUGCUGUUCGUUGGGAUACAGAUGAUAAUAUUAUUAGCGUAUAGUCUCUAUCGGGACAAUAAGGAAGCACAGAUGAAGAAGCUCUACUAACAUAAUCAUCGUCCGGUUCUACGUGGUGAACGUACAAUACAUUCUCUGUUUGUGGAUUAUGUCUUAAUAUUUUUAUUACUCGUUAGUCGUACUCGCGAAGAAUGCGUCCCGACAUUUGUACAAUAAAUGCAUCCUUCAUCUGCCAGAUCGAUUUGAAAUUAUGUGGCAUACGUCGAGUUCUGCCUCCGCGAGGAUCACGAAAGCAUUUCAUGGUGGCGUAGUUGUCUCACUAUUUGAACCGUUUAAACAAGAGAGAUUUACGUAUUAUAACUAUUGACUUCUGGCAGAGCGCGCGUAUGAGAUUUGGAGUAACGAUUGAGUCGAAGUUACGAAUUAGGUAAUCGACGGUUCCCCCCGGAGCUGUCGAAUGUUUCGCAAUUUUUUUUUUUUUUUAUGAGUCGUUAUAUACAUAUAAUAUAUACAUAUAUAUUUUUUUACCGUCUAUUGUCGCGCGCGAGCGUCUUUAGCGUUACGCACACACGUGUCCGUUUUCGUGGUUUUCCUUUAUAGCGUUAUUAUAUCAUGAUGAUGAUGAUUAUUGAUUUUUUUCGUUGUGCUAGUAACGAAGCUUUCUCGGUGCAGAUAUUUGUACAUUUUAUAUGAAGCAUUUAGUACUUGAGUAUACGGCGCUUACGAUUACGUUGCCCGUAAGAAUUGUCACUCGAUUAACGUGAUCAAUCAAUUAUUCCAUCAGAGGCUAUUGUAGCGGAGAAUAUCGUGUGUCUAGAUGGUAUAAUCACGCAUACCAAUUUCUAUUGCCGUGUAAACUCGAACGGUGAACAAUGACUGCGUCUUUGAAGCUACAGUAAGGACUCUGACUAAAACGUACGUGUAUAAGAUGUAUGAGCAGUAGUGAUAGUACUGGGAGGGGGGAGGGGGGGAGAUGGUAUGGGAGGAUCUCUAAGUUCGUUAUUCCCCACAUCAUUGCACAUUUGUAAAAAUCUAUUGAAUACUGUAAAUGCAUAAUGAUAUAUAUCUGAUAAUAAAAAUACAACGAGAAAAACGAA